GAAUUUCUUAACCCAAAGACAUUAUAGCGUUUACUGCGGUUUAACUAUACUUAAAAGGUUAUCUUUUCUGCAAUUCAGGAGAGGAUUCCAAGCAUCUAAAUGAUUCCAACUUCCGCAAGGUGGUGGGUUUACCUUGUCGGGCUGCUUUUACACCUCGUCAGCGGAUUGGAAGAGUGUCAAAUAGAUUCAGAUUGUUUUUCGUCUGAUGUCUACUGCUUGGAUGGCUAUUGUGACGGACAUUGCAUCCCCUGCCAAAACUUCCUACGACAACCUCCUUAUUUAGGCGGAUGUGCCAAGAAUAAGGAGGACCUGUGGCUCGUGUAUCCCAGGGGCUGCCCCAGAGGAGCACGUAGGAUUCCAACACGCCUUUCGAUGUGAAAUGAUACAUGAGUCUGGUCCCAUUGAUUGGGGUUUGAUACCCCAAUGGCUUGCUUGGACGGCUAUCAUUGUGGCAGCCGUCCUUUUUAUAUGGGUCGUCUUUAGGCUCAUCCGCCGCAUUUGUCGUAUUCAUUGCACGAAAAAAUCAAAUAAAGAUCGCGUAGCAAUGCUCCAACAAAUGUUACCUUAGCCAUAUACGACCAACCGAAAAAGUAUCGUCACCAUUCACUCGUAAAUUUUCCUGUCUCUAAAUAAAACGAAGAAAAUAACGGAAA